AUGGGGCUCUCAAAAAUCUUCAAACGCUCCAAGGGCUCUCCACGUCGUGAGGGUCAAUCUGCCCAAGUACCGGAGCGGCUCAGUCAUGUGAGCUCCCCGGCAGCUGGUGCACCGUCACCUUCCGCGGCGUCUCAUCCAACUCCGACUCAAACAGAAGGACCAAAACCGCCAAUUUCCUCAUCAACAAAUGUAGAAUCAGAAGUCGAGCUGUCGUUGUGGAGUCGUGCCUACGAAGCUCUUCGUCACGAGGAUGCGGAGCUGGUGGGCAGAUAUGAGAAGCUACUCUCAAAAGAACUGCCUGAGCAUGGCGAGAGCACGGCUGCUCCACAAGAUAUCCCUAACCCUGUCGAGAGCCUAGAUUUGACUGUGAACAAGAUCGCCAGCGACCCCGAGACCCGCAAGUUACAGCUGGAGCGUAUCGUCGAACAGGGCCUGCAGCGUAUGGACGAAAAGCGGAUCAGAUACACCAUUCUCGGUAAUGAAUAUGUGCUCAAGGAUCAGGUCGUGCAAACUGCGGAAUUCGUCUCAGCCAUGAAGGUUCUUAUUAACGAGGCUGUCAAAGCAUCUCCCGAAGCAUCUCUCGCCUGGGCGGGCGUCUGCGUUCUGCUUCCGGUGCUGACGAACUUAAGUGCGGCAGAGCAGGCCAAUAAUGACGGCUUGUCGUAUGUUACCUCUCGCAUACACUUUUAUAUCGAGCUUGAGUAUCUCCUGUGGCCGAAAAACAUCUGCAGCCCAGGCCUAAAGGCGAAAUGCGAUAGUAAUAUCGUCGAGCUCUACCGGUAUAUACUUGAGUUUCAAAUAAAGACCGCUCUACGGGUUUACCGGAGUUGGCUUGCAAACCUGGGUCGGGAUGCAGUCCGUCACGAUGAUUGGGAGGCAAUGCUUAAGAAGAUCAAGGAGCUAGAGCAUACCGUAUGGGAAGAUUCAAGCACUUUAAACACCAUUGCUUCGCGGGAAGCCCUGGAACACGUUAAUAAGACGGCAAACCAGCAAUAUCAUGAUAUGCAAUCACUGCUCUCAGUUGCAAAAGACCAUCUACAAGUCUCGACAAACCAUCGAGACAUUUCAGCUGAGCAACUUACAGAACUUAAGCUUCAAAGCCGAAUGCUCGAAUAUCGCCCUAUAGACCUUCCAGUCGUUCCUGAAGCGUGCUACGAUAGUGCCGACGUUCAAAACAGCCCGAAGUGCGAGAGCGGCACUCGAAUUCGCAUUCGAGAAAUGAUCACUGAGUGGGCAAACGAAGGCCCUGCCGAGCCCCUUUUCUGGCUUGUAGGCCCCGCUGGUACCGGCAAGUCUACUAUUGCGCGCACUGUCGCCGAUUCUCUCGCUAUCAAGAAGCGAUUGGUUGCUGGUUACUUCUUCAAAAGAGGAUACCAGGGCCGUAACGAUACCAAUCGACUAUUUCCUACGCUCGCUAUGCAGUUAGCCGAUGCCAUCCCGCCUUUCCGAGGCUGCCUUCGGAAAUCACUUGGAGGUCUUGAUCAAGACUCGAUUGCAAAAAAGAGCCUCGAAUCACAGUUCGAAAAGCUCCUCUGGCUCCCGUUAGCGGACCUCUCCCCAAUUGACACCAGCCAACCGGCUAGAGUGAUAAUCAUCGAUGCCGUAGAUGAGUGUGAACACCUUGAACAUCUUUCCCGGGUCUUUGGUCUACUUUCCAAGCUUUCGAGUCUCACUACGGUCCGCAUACGCGUUUUGCUUACAAGUCGCUCCGAUCCUAGGAUCCUUGACGCUUUUGAGCCUCUUAUAACGAAUAAUUUUGUUCGCAGGCUAGAGCUUCACCGAGCAUUCUCUGAUGACACCAAGAGCGAUAUUCAAGUGUUCUUGAAAACAAAAUUUGCAGACAUUAAAGCGAAAGGCAGAAUCAGGCAAGAUCCUUGGCCUGAUGUUGAAGAAUUGGAUCAUCUGGUUCAGCUUGCCACAACUCCCGAGCCCCUCUUUAUCUAUGCAGCCACUCUUUGCCGAUUUGUCUACGAUGAACAGUUUCCUAGAAACCCAAAGACGCAGCUGAGGCUGUGGCUAAUGGAGGGUGAGGCUAACAGGUCUCAACUUCAUCAGACAUAUGAGCCUAUUCUAAGCCAGGCAUUCCGUGGUAUUGAGGAAGGAGACCUUUAUUCUAAUUCGCACCUACAAUUCCUAAGUGCUGUCGUUCUCCUCGCAACACCAAUUUCAGCUGAAUCUCUCUCCAAUCUUCUUUGCAUAGAUAUGGAUGACAUCAACUGGUGGCUUCCUGAAUUACAUGCGGUGUUGGAUAUCCCUGCCGAAGCUAAAAGUCCCAUACGGUUACUGCACAAGUCUUUUAGCGACUAUCUUCUUCGUCCCAAAGACUCUGCAGUGAGCAAAUACCGAGUUGACGCCGCAGAUGCACAUGCUAUGCUCGCAGCGAAAUGCAUUCAGCAUAUGAGAGCGGGACUUAAGCGGGAUAUCUGCAACGUUCAAAAACUGGGAAUAACCAGAAAAGACAUCGACAAGCAGAUUAUCGAUACACACAUCCCUAGCGACCUACAGUAUGCCUGCCUCUACUGGGUUCAUCACUUGCGGAGCAGCGGACGAUCUUUGGAUACUGAUAUUAGCGUAUUUCUUUAUGCACAUUUCCUCCAUUGGAUAGAAGCCCUCGCUGUUCUGGGGAAAGUGUCGGAGGCGGCACUCGCGGUAAUGCAGCUACAGCAUUUGACCAAUACACCUACAGAUUUGAGUCAAUUUUUGAAGGAUGCUGGCAGGGCUAUCUCGAGUUUUGGGUCUAUUAUCGAACAGAGGCCUCUUCAGGUGUAUGUGGCUUUGAUUUUGUUCUCCCCGGCUGCGAGCAAAGUACGCCAGAGGUUUUGGGAUCAACGCCUACCACGUCUUAUCAGCGCUCAAGGUGUGAAACUUGAUUGGGAUGCACAGCGUCAGACCCUCGAGGGCCACAGCGAUUGGGUUACAACGGUGGCCUUUUCGCCAGACGGCCAGGUUAUCGCAUCAGCCUCGUCAUAUGAGACAGUUCGGCUCUGGGAUGUGGCCACUGGUGCUCACCGUCAGACCCUCAAAGGCCACGGUGAUAAGAUUAGGGACAUAGCAUUCUCACCAAACGGACAGAUAAUUGUAUCAGCCUCAGACGAUUCCACAGUACGGCUCUGGAAUGUAGCUUCCGGCGCACACCAUCAGACUCUUCAGGGCCAUACUGAAACAGUUUGGGCAGUAGCCUUCUCACCAGACGGCCAGGUUAUUGCAACAGCCUCGUACGACCAGACGGUACGCCUCUGGGACGCAGUUACAGGCGCUCACCUUUACACUCUCAGGGGCCAUAGUAGUGGGGUUCAAGGAGUAGUCUUCUCCCCAGAUAGCUGUAUUGUUGCGUCAGCCUCAAGCGAUGAUACAGUACGGCUCUGGAAUGUAGGUACAGGCGUAUGUCGUCAGACCCUAAAUGGACAUAGCCAUAAUGUUUGGAAGGUAGUCUUCUCGCCAGACGGCCAAGUUGUUGCAUCAGCCUCGAUGGAUCAUACAGUAAAGCUCUGGGACGCAGCUACAGGUGCUCACCGUCACACCCUUAAGGGCCACAACGAGGUAGUUUGUCGCGUAGCCUUCUCGCCAGACAGCCAAACAAUUGCAACUGCCUCAUUUGAUGCGACAGUGCGGCUCUGGAACAUAGCUACAGGCGCACACCAUCAGACUCUUAGGGGCCACAUUGAUAAAGUCUGGGCAGUAGCCUUCUCACCAGACGGCCAGGUAAUCGCAUCAGGCUCAGAGGAUCAAACGAUAAGGCUUUGGGAUGCGCCUUCAGGUACACAUCGUCAGACCUUUAAGGGCCAUAGAGGCUCAGUAAAAGAAAUAGCUUUCUCGGCAGACAGCCAGGUUAUUGCAUCAGCGUCAAAUGAUAGGACAGUACGGCUCUGGGACAUAGCUAUAAGCACUCAGGACCAGACCCUUAGUAGUCAUAGCGACACGGUUCAUGGCUUAGUUCUCUCUCCAAAUGGCCAUGUUAUUGCGUCAGCCUCACACGAUUCUACAGUUCAGCUAUGGGAUGUAGCUACAAGUGCUCACCGUCACACCCUUAAGGGCCAUAACGACAUAAUUUGUCAUGUAGCCUUCUCGCCAGAUAACCAGAUAAUCGCAUCAGCCUCGAGCGAUACGACAAUACGGCUUUGGAACGUAGCUACAGGCACACACUUCCGGACUCUAAAGGGCCAUAAGAAUGCAGUUUCAGUAAUAAUCUUCUCGCCAGAUAGCCAGGUAAUUGCAUCAGCCUCCAGCGGUAAGACAAUACGGCUUUGGAAUGUAGCUACAGGGGUACACCACCAAACCCUUAAGGGCAAUAGAGAUCGGAAUAAAACCAUGGCCUUCUCGCCAGACGGCCAGACUAUCGCAUCAGCCUCAGACCGGGAUACAGUUGUGCUCUGGAAUGUAGCUACAGACACGUACUACCAGACACUUCAUGGCCACUUUUCCGCAGUUUGGGCAGUAGCCUUCUCGCCAGACUGUCAAGUUAUUGCAUCAGCCUCACGCGAUAAAACAGUGAGACUUUGGGAUGCAGUGACAGGCGCUCACCGCCAAACCCUUAAGGGCCAUAGAAAUGCAGUUACAGCAGUAGCGUUCUCGCACGACGGCCAGGUCAUCGCAUCGGCCUCGUAUGAUAAUACUGUACGACUUUCGGAUCCAGUAACAGGCGCGCACCUCCAGACUCUCGAAAUGUAUUCUUAUCGCCUCAAGUUCGAUCCAUCGUCUAGCGCGCGACUGUACACUGACUCUGGAACUGUCAGCCUGCUCCCAGAAUCCCCAGCUGGUGGGUUACUCCGUGCUAAAGAAGAGAUGACACAUCCAGCUGUCUGCGGGUUUGGUCUUAGCCAAGACGGAAAUUGGAUUUUGGAGGAUAACGAGAAGAUCAUCUGGCUCCCUGAAGAGUACAGGCCGAGGACACUAGCUGUGAGAGAUUAUGUUAUGUUCAUUGUUUGUCGCUCGGGCCGUUUAAUACGGCUUAAAUAUUUGGAGGAGGAGUCCUAG